GUCCUGCGUGCCUUGUCAUCACGCGGGGCAGGUUUCGGUUUGCAAACACGAUACAUUCCUUUCCCAGUGCCAGAGCUGUACCGAAGACCAGAGGAGGAGACGCGAGCAGCUGAGGGAGGGGCGAGUUAAGAGAAGAAUUACAAAUAAACGUGGAUGGAUUUAAAGAUGCUAUCCCGGACAUAGGUAGGCUAUAGGCUAUGUUGCUAUGUUCAUGUAACGUCUGGGGGGAGGCAGUGAAGUAAACGACUGGGAUACACACACAAACAAAACACACGGGCUGGACGGGAUGCCCGCGUGACUGCAGGGAGGAAAGAGGCGGAGGAGGAGGAGGGGGGUCUAGGUGCGUGUGUGGACCACCGCAAAACCCCCAAGGUGGAGUUGUCAAAGAUCGAAACCUGUGAGGAAAGAAUAAUUCCAACCUGGCUGCUAUUUUUGGUGCAGUUUGAAAAUCGAUGGAGGAUAUUUAUUUCCUGUUCACGUCGAGGUAAUUAGUCUCGCUUCCAAAACGAACCGAUGUGAUCUCGGGGCUUUGAUCUCCACACCGUCUGUUUCUUUUCCGUGGCAGGAUGAGGUCCUAACAUAAGGUCGCGGAAGGGACGCGCACAUGUUCGGAUGUUACUCCUCCUGAUUGGACACACGGACUGAGCGGCUCAUGUCAUCUCUGCUGGUGUUGAAACAACGAGGGAUCAGCUGCUUUCUUUGGGAUGCUUUAAAAUUUGCGGCCUGCUCGGGUCUCCAGUUACCGCAAUGCUACUGGCAAGAGGAGGGAGAGGUGGAAGGCAGGAGAUGGAGAGGAGGGAGGGAGCAGCAAGAAGCAAAUGAGUAUAACAAUGAUGUAGGCCUAUAGUUGCAAAAAACUAGCCCCAUCUGUGUGAUUGUGUUUCACUCGGAGAAUGGUACAGACUGUACUCUAUAGGUGAUAGUGGCAUGUGAAGUGCAUGGGGUGAGAGAUACACUGUAUUGAGUAUCUAAGGAUCAUGGCUGAAACGUUAAAUGAGGUGAGUACGGUGGCUGUAAGUGUGUAGUGGCUGCUCAAUUCUCAACUUUCUGCUGACAAAGUUCUUGGACUCACUCACUGGACUAUAGUGCGAAGAAUGGGGCAUUGCGCAGAACCUAUGGCACCAGCCAGUGGAGAGCUUGGUGCAUAAUUGUGACAGAGUGGAGUUCUAAAGCCAGCAUUUAUGUCUCUCCCUCUUCUACUCGCCUGCACUUCUACCCACGGCGCUCAAAUUUGUUUUAUGAACCCAGAGUUAGUGUGAAACCAGCCUCCUCCACAUACAGCCUGACAUGCCUUCACCGUCAGACUCCAGCAGCGUGGCUUCGGCCUCGGGGUCUCGAGGCUGGUCUGACAGCCGCAGGGGCAUGUCGGGCCGGGGGCCUGGUGGGGCACGGCUACUCCUGUACCUAGGGCUGUGCCACUUAGGCCUGGGGGCCAUGGUCCUGGCUUUCUCUUUCACCAGCAUGGCCUUCACCUCCUCAGCCCGAGUGAGGCAAUCCUGUCCAUUCUGGGCUGGCUUCUUUGUGGUGGCAUCAGGGAUAGUUGGAAUUAUCUCAUGGAGGAGACCUCUGACGCUGGUGGUGUCACUGUUCAUGCUGCUGUCUGCAGUGUGUGUGAUCCUCAGUCUGGCCGGCUCAAUGCUCUCCUGUCAGAAUGCACAGAUGGUCAAGUCUAUGCUCACCUGCCAGGUGGAGGAUGGUCUCUGUGUGUGUUGCGCGCCCACUCACUCCUGCUCCAUCACAGAAGAGGAGACCCUGGUUCUCUCCCUGAAUGCUGACUGUCACUCAGUCAGACAUCAGCUGAAAGACCUUUUGUUCAGUGCAUGCGGUCUCAGCAUUCUCUCCACCAUCAUCUGUACUCUGUCCACUGUGACCUGCAGUAUCCACAUAUUCUCUCUGGACCUCGUGCACCUGCUGGCCCCACAUCGCUCUCGUUCAGUCAACCCAGAAUGCACCACUCCUCAGGACGCCUUCCUGACCAACAUCAUGGACUUUGAGGAGUUUGUCCCACCCAUACCUCCGCCCCCCUACUAUCCUCCUGAGUACACCUGCAGCUCUGAAACAGACGCUCAGAGCAUCACCUAUAACGGCUCCAUGGAGAGCCCUGUUCCUCUCUACCCCACUGACUGCCCCCCUCCUUAUGAAGCUGUUAUGGGACAAAGAGCUGCAAGCCAGGCAACAGUGUUUGACCCCCACGGCACUGAACUGUCUGGAGAGAGAGGGACUUCUACUGCCUUCAGUGGUGAAGUGUCCAUGGACAGUGGAUCUCUGUUGAUGUCAGAGAUUGUGGACAUCCCUAAUGAUUCCUCCCCCUCUGAGGACUCCUGCCUGAUGGAGGUUGGGCUGAGGACCCAGGGGGAGAAGGGCAACAGGAACGCUGGUGAGGUGGGAGACGGAGGAGACAGCGGGGAGUACAUCAGUUUUCGUGGUCCUGCGUCUCAGACGCCAGAGAGUCCUCUGGCAGGGGGCCCGAGAGCCAGGCGCUUCCUCAGAGGAGAGAGGUCCAACUCCUGCUCUUCACCCAGCACAGCGACCUCCACAUACAGGUCUCCAGUAUUGCGUCGCCAGGCCAUGCUAGCUAGUAGCUGUUCCCAGCUGGAAGCAAUAGGGAAAUCCAUCUCUGCGCAACCAUCCACCAUCCCAGAGUUUCGAGUUCGCCCCUCCACUCCCUUUCGCCAAGGAGCUACCCCAACCACCUCUGCUCCUCCCAUUUUAUCCUCCUCAGCUGCCAGUGAGCAGAGUGGUGCUCACGGUAAUGGGCUACCCCUCCCGGGCCAACCAUUGUACCUUCGACGAAGGGCUGGGAAGAGUGAGAAGGAUGGAGAGAGUGUAAGAAGGGACAGUGAAGGGCUCCUACGUCUUGUGAGGUCACACAGUGAGCCAGGUCUCGGCUCCUCGACUGACACAGUUGACUUUGGCUCUGGAGGCAGCAAAGUAUCCAUAGACACAGGUCCAUCCUCUGAGGCAUGUCUCUUGCCCCCCACCUCUUUGCCUCCUGCUGCAGCUCUGCCAAGGAAAGGCAGCAUGAAAUCAGCAGCCACUGGGUUGCAGGUCCCCUCCAAACUUCCCCCCACCUCACCACUGCAUUUACCUAAAGACUGCCACCGUUCCCUAGGAGACCUUAAGGUGACUCGGGGUCUGGUGGCUCGCUUCCUGCAGCGCUCCAAACGCAACCUAUCGCCCUCCUCCGAGCAUGCUGGGAGCACAGGGCAGGGGCCUAAGAGAAGGAGUGAAGUUGAGGGCACUGCCACCAACCACAUGCCCUUGGAACAAGUGUUGCUGACACCUUGGAACACCAGCCGAGGACACCCCAACCAUCACUCCCGCCAUCCUCAUCGCCGUGGACAUCACCAUUCCCACAGUGACAGUCGACACAACCGGAACCACGCUAGUCGGGCGCCAGAGGGGAUCCACCUGCGCAGCUGUGGAGAUUUAAGCUCCUCGUCCACUGCGUCACUACGCCGAUUAGUGACACCUCAUCCACCGCAUGGGUCAUCAGGAGCUCUUUACUCAGAGUCUGCACUGUGAGGAGGGCAGGAGGGUGAAGAAGGGAUGGAGGAGAAAAAUGGGAUGCAUAUGAUUUGAUAGGGUUGUAAGGAAGACGAGAGGAAAUAAGGCAGGCUAAUGAAAUGGAGAGUGGGGCAGUUUAGUGGAGAUAUCUAGUUCUGAAAAUGUGAAAGUCUUCCCUCCUUUUCCUCUUUGUCACCUCCAUUUUCUGAAGCCAACUGUGCAAAUGGCCUUAUUCAGUGGUGCUCUUUAUCACUCUGAACAUCAGCCCAGAGCUUACACUAUUUCAUCUGUAAAACGGUCACUAGAUGCUUAUUUCUGGGCAGUGUGGUCCCUGUUCUAACAGAAUAAAUCAGAGACAACCAA